GAGCAGUGUGUGUAUGUGUGUGCGAGGGGGUGUGCAGAUCUGUGCUAAAGAACACUGCGAGUUUGCCUAGCUGUCUGUCUGUCUGUUCCUGCCUGUGUGAUCCUGACUCCAGAUAUAGAGCCGAACGCCUGGAGCCCCUCACCCCAGCACCAACUAGUUUGGAGGAGGAGAAGGCGAACGUGUUCUCUCACAAACACUGGCUACAGAGGCUGAGGCUUAAGAAAGAAAAAAGAAGGAGGGGAAUAAAAAGUAGAGAGAGAGAGAGAGAAACACAACUAAGCCCAGCCCUUGUCGGUGCUGCCUGGAUUGGAUCUGGUUUGAGUUUUCUCCCUGCUGACUUGUGUAGCAAGAGAGGAGCGGAGGGAAAUAAGUAACUGACUCUUCCUCUGAAGCUUAAGCAAACCUGCUGGGUGAUUCCACUAGUGGGAAGCUUCCCUGGGUGCAGUUGCCUCAUAGUUUAUUGCUCCCAGUCACUAAAGAAUUUCCUGCACUUCUCAAGAAUCUGAAGGAAAAAGCCAUCACUUCACAUGAUCUGAUAGUUGCUUGUUGCCUAGAAACUUUAUACCAUUUUUUCAGGGGAUUCGUUUUUCCUGGUCUCUCCCACCACAGCAGUUUCUUGAGCGUGCGGCAUUGAAAUCUAUUCAAUUGUUUUGUUAACAACUGUAGGAUAAACAUUUUUUCCCCCUUUUUUAUCUCUUGUUGCUUUAUUUUGUUUGAUUUUUUUUUUAUUUUAAAAAAUCCCUUUUUGGGGUGGGGGGAGAUGAUCGUGCUGAUGUGGAAUAAGUGCUCCUGCUGUCUCCUCUUACUAGCCGCGGUCCUGAUGGUGGAGAGCUCCCAGCUAGACAGCUCCAGCUCUAAGGUGAACUCCAUCAAAUCCACCCUGAUGGGGGAGGCUCCAACACAGGCAACCAACAGAUCUGCAGGCAUCCACCGGGGACUGACACUUGGUAGCAGUAAGAAAGGCAAAAUCCUAGAGCAGAUGGGAAAACCUCCAAAGCGCUAUCACCGGCAAGGAGAGGUCUACCCUUGCACCAAUGACAAAGAAUGUGAAGUUGGGAGAUACUGCCAUAGUCCUCAUCAAGCUACCUCUGCCUGUUUGGUCUGCAGGAGGAAAAAGAAACGUUGCCACAGAGACGGCAUGUGCUGCCCUGGGAACCGCUGUAAUAAUGGUAUUUGCAUACCAAUAACUGAAAGCAUCCUAACUCCCCACAUCCCAGCUCUGGAAGGGCCACGCAACAAGAAAAAUGGCCAUUAUUCUAGCAAGGACUUUGAAUGGCAGAAUCUGGGAAGGCCGCAGUCUAAGCUUUCACACCUAAAAGGACAUGAAGGGGACCCCUGCUUACGCUCGUCUGACUGCAUUGAGGGGCACUGCUGUGCUCGCCAUUUCUGGACCAAAAUUUGCAAACCUGUGUUACAGCAGGGGGAGGUGUGCACCAAGCAACGCAAGAAGGGCUCCCACAGCCUGGAGAUUUUCCAGCGAUGUGACUGUGAUAAAGGGCUCUCUUGCAAAGUAUGGAAAGAUGCCACCUCUUCUUCUAAAUCAAGACUUCAUGUGUGUCAGAAGAUCUGAACGAGGAUUGGGAAAAUAUUACUAACAGACUGUGAAUUUGUGUAUUUAAUGCAUUACAGCCUGGUGGGAAAUGAAGAUUGUAAAUAAAAACAGAAUGGCUAAAGUAACAAUUGUGGUAGGAAAAGAAAUCACCCCAAUCUGCACUUGUUUUGAGUUGGUGGUAAAUGCGAUAGCAGCUGGAGUUUUCCAUUGUGCAACUUUUUUGUGUAAAUAAUGAUGACAGUUUGUGGGGAAAUGCUAUUAUACAAGCACAAUGGAAAUUAUUGACAUUUGCAAUGCCGCAUGGUCCCAUGACUUUUGAAGG